CGCAGGGCGGCCUUUGGCGCCAACAAGUUCAAGGCCAUCCCACCCAAGAGCUUCUUCAGGCUAUGGUUUGGCAACCUGAAGGAUCCAACCCUGAUCAUGCUCAUGGUGGCAGCGCUGAUCUCCACCAUCCUGGGCGCGGCGGUGCCCGAGGAGCGUGAGAACAGCGCGUGGACGGAGGGCGUGGCCAUCUGGGUUGCCGUGCUGGUCGUCUCGCUAGUCGGCGCCUUCAACGACUGGAACAAGGACCGCCAGUUCCAGAAGCUCAACGCCCAGAAGGACAUCAUCGAGGUGAAGGUGAUGCGGGGCGGCAAGGAGCUGACCAUCCCCAACCAUGAUGUGGUAGUGGGCGACGUCAUGCUGCUGGACACGGGGGACAAGAUCAUCGCAGACGGGUUCACUAUCGAGGUGCACGGCCUGGUGGUGGACGAGGCGUCGCUGACAGGCGAGAGCGACCCGGUGAAGAAGGGCGCCGAGCUGGGGCAGGAGCCCUGGGUGCGGUCGGGCACGCAGAUCACCGAGGGCAGCGGCCGCAUGCUGGUGCUUGCCGUGGGGGAGCAGAGCGAGUGGGGCCGCACCAUGGCGCUGGUGGUGGGCGAGGUGGGCGAGACGCCGCUGCAGGAGAAGCUGGGCUGGCUGGCCACGGCCAUUGGCAAGCUGGGCUUCAUCGUGGCCGUCAUCUGCUUCUUCGUGCUGCUCAUCAGGUGGAUCAUCAUCAACAAGGGCUUUCCCAUGGACCAGUUCUCAGAGGGCCCACUCCAGUUCUUCAUCUUUGCAGUCACCAUCCUGGUGGUGGCUGUGCCGGAGGGCCUGCCCCUGGCAGUCACCAUAUCGCUGGCCUACUCGAUGAAGAAGAUGAUGAAGGACAACAACUUUGUGAGGGUGCUGGCGGCGUGCGAGACCAUGGGCGGCGCCACCGCCAUCUGCUCCGACAAGACCGGCACGCUGACCGAGAACCGCAUGACGGUGGUCAAGGGCUACUUCUGCGGCCAGAUGUAUGCCGAGGUGCCGCCGCUGAGCGCGCUGCCCGCGGGCGCGAGGGAGGAGAUUGUGACCAACGUGGCGCUCAACUCCAAGGCCUUCCUCAUGGUGGACGACUCCAACGGCAAGGUGGACUUCGUGGGGAACCGCACCGAGUGUGCGCUGCUGGUCAUGGCGCGCAACUGGGGCCAGAACUACCGCGAGCUGAGAGACAUCCACCACGACCAGACAGUGGAGGUGUAUGGCUUCUCCUCUGAGCGCAAGAUGGCCAGCGUGCUGGUGCGGCGGCACGGCGCGCUGCGCCUGUACAACAAGGGCGCCGCGGAGAUGGUGCUGUCGCGCUGCACCGCCAUGGUCAACGCCGGCGGGGAGUCCCAGCCCAUGACCGAGGCUAUGCGUGAGGAGCUGAUGCGCACCGUGACCAGCAUGGCCUCCACAGGCCUGCGCACGCUGUGCCUGGCAUACACAGACUUCCCCGAGAGCGACCCCUCCCGCCCCGCCGACUUCUUCGCCACGCCGCACGAGGAGAACCUGACCGCGCUGUGCAUCGUGGGAAUCAAGGACCCGGUGCGCAAGGAGGUGCCAGACGCGGUGGCCACCUGCCAGCGCGCGGGCAUCACCGUGCGCAUGGUCACGGGCGACAACAUCCACACCGCCGAGCACAUCGCCCGCGAGUGCGGCAUCCUCACCGACGGCGGCCUGGCGCUGGAGGGCCCCGACUUCCGCGUGAUGCCGGAGGAGGAGCUGUUGCCGCUGCUGCCGCGUCUGCAGGUGCUGGCCCGCUCCAGCCCGCGCGACAAGUACAUCCUGGUGCAGACGCUGAAGAAGAUGGGGGAGGUGGUGGCGGUGACGGGGGACGGCACCAACGACGCCCCCGCCCUCAAGGAGUCGGAUGUGGGGCUGGCCAUGGGCAUCGCGGGAACUGAGGUGGCCAAGGAGGCCGCCGACAUUGUCAUCAUGGACGACAACUUCUCAUCCAUCGUCAAGGCGGUGCUGUGGGGGCGCUCCGUGUUCACCAACAUCCGCAAGUUCCUGCAGUUCCAGCUGACCAUCAACCUGGUGGCGCUCAUCGUGGCCUUUGUGGCGGCCAUCACCAACGGCGAGACGCCGCUCAACGUGCUGCAGCUGCUGUGGGUGAACCUGAUCAUGGACUCGCUGGCCGCGCUGGCUCUGGCCACCGAGGACCCCACACCCGACCUGCUCGCCAAGAAGCCGCACGGGCGCGACGAGCCGCUGAUCAGCAGGCACAUGUGGCGCUUCAUCCUGUCGCAGGGCUGCUACCAGGUUGGCAGGGGAAUGCCAUCACACCCCCGCCUGGCUUGUGCCUCAUGCCUGAUCUGGACUGACGCUGAGGAGAAGGCGAAGGAGGACAUCAGCUCCAUGGUGUUCAACACAUUCAUCUGGUGCCAGAUGUUCAACAUGCUGAAUGCUCGCAAGGUGGAGGACGAGAUCAACGUCUUUGCCGGCCUCUUCCAGUCGCACAUCUUC